ACUUCAAUUUGACGAUAAUGGCGAGCACGUCGAGGUCUGUUUUUAAUUUUUAUUUUUCUUCUUGUUUCCUUCAUAGCGAAGUAAAUUUAUUAUUAAUCAAACGAAUAUUACCUAAAUGUUAUAUAUUUUGAGAUCGAAGCAAAUAAGGUGGUAUGCUAUGCGCACCCUGACGCACCACUCAUCGAGGAUUACAGGGCUGGUGAUAUGAUAUGUUCAGAAUGUGGCCUUGUGGUUGGAGAUAGAGUAAUAGAUGUUGGGUCUGAAUGGAGGACAUUUAGUAAUGAGAAAUCUGGAGUAGACCCAUCUCGUGUAGGUGGUCCAGAAAAUCCAUUACUCUCAGGAGGUGAUCUAUCUACGAUUAUAGGGCCUGGCCGUGGUGAUGCUUCUUUUGACAGUUUUGGGGUAUCAAAAUAUCAGAAUCGACGAAAUAUCAGUAGUACAGAUAGAGCACUUAUAAAUGCAUUUCGAGAAAUAAAUACAAUGGCUGACCGUAUAAACUUACCAAAGACAAUUGUGGACAGAGCUAACAAUUUGUUUAAACAGGUUCAUGAUGGCAAAAACUUAAAAGGCAGAGCAAAUGAUGCUAUAGCUUCUGCUUGCCUCUAUAUUGCAUGUAGACAAGAAGGUGUUCCUCGUACAUUUAAGGAAAUCUGUGCAGUUAGUAAAAUAAGUAAAAAAGAAAUAGGAAGGUGUUUCAAACUAAUUCUCAAAGCACUUGAGACUUCAGUGGACCUUAUCACUACUGCAGACUUCAUGUCCCGGUUUUGUUCAAACCUUGGAUUGCCCAAUUCAGUGCAAAGAGCUGCAACUCAUAUUGCACGAAAAGCUGGAGAAUUGGAUAUUGUGUCUGGGCGUAGUCCUAUCUCUGUUGCUGCUGCUGCCAUUUAUAUGGCGUCACAGGCUUCAGAAGACAAGCGCAGCCAGAAAGAUAUUGGAGACAUAGCUGGUGUUGCAGAUGUUACUAUUCGGCAGUCAUACAAGCUCAUGUAUCCAUUUGCUGCUAAGCUUUUCCCCGAAGAUUUCAAGUUUGCCACUCCAAUAGAGUUCCUGCCACAAAUGUAAAAUGUUAUUUGUUAUAAUUUAUAUUUCUUACAAGUUAUGUUUAAGUGGGAAGUGUUUAGAAUAAAUCAAAAUAAAGGGUCAUAUAAAGACUAUACGACUACUGCCUCAAUCUUAUUUCAUGAACAGUUGCCAGAGUAGGGGAGUAGCCAAUUUAGAAGAUAAUUAAUAUAUUGCAAUAAAGUAUAAUUUGGACUUGCUACUUUAAGUAGCCUAAAAACUUGGUCAGUAAUUCAUUUUUAGUAAAACUAAAUUUGUAACCUCUUUAAAAAUAUAUAUGAAUAAGAUUUUUUUUUACUGUAAAAGUUGUGACAACAUUACGCUAUCAGCCUUAAUUUACAAUCAUUGAUUAUUGCUCAUUUCAUUUAACUAUUAAUUAUCUCUUUAACUGUAAUUUUCUAUUGUAAUUUAGUGAAGAAAAGAGCAAUUUUUAAGCUUUGCUGUAAUUGAUGUCAAUUUUUUUUUAAUAAGGCGGUACAAUUUCUAUUUCUGUAGGCUACUCCUAUUUAUAUAGCUUGCUUUGACAAAUAUUAAAAAGUAUUUCAAUUGAAGAGUUUUAAACACCCUACUAUCAUAGUCGGCGGUGUUCUGUGGCAUGGGUUCACACUCCUCAAGCUUUUGGCAUUCCGGUCAUUUAAUGUCAUGAAACAAAAUAAUGACAACUUGAUUAGUGGCUAAGCGCUCAACUGUGGCACUGUAGGGCUUGGGUUCGAUUCCGCAUAUCCUAAAAGUAAUUAUUCCGGCUCUAGAUGUUUGACUGUGUGCAGUUUUAUGAUUAUUAUAUUUAGAACUCCUCCACGAUAUGGGAACAAUUUCUUGUGUGGGGUUUAACAUUUUAAAAGAACAAAAAAUAGUAUAGUAAAUUAUAUAUGAUAUGAAAUCAACCAACUAUUUAUAAACAUCUAUAUAAUCUCUUCAGAUUGAAUUUUCUAUGAAUGUGAAUAAUUUCAAAAGAUUUAAUAGUUCAAAACUAAUGUUAUUGUUAUAUUAUGUAAGCUAAAUAUUGUUUACGUUCAUAGAAAACUGAAUUGUGGAAUAAACUGUUAGUAUUUUAAGUGGUAAUACAUAUGAGCGAAACAGGAGUAUGUUUAUGAUUAUUUAACCAUGGGCUUGUGAUGGUUAAUGAAACAUUCUCCAUUUAAUUUUGAAAUAACAAUAUUCAGCAAUUUACUUAGUAAAUGUGACGGAUUUGUGUUGCGUGUAUAUUAAAGUUUUAUGAUUUAUAAUGGUGAUUGUAUGCUGAGUGCGUUAGAAAUAUUGACCGAAGUGAGCAAAACAUGUUGCAUAUUUAUAUGAGGCAUAAUAUAAAUGUAUAUUUGUUACCAUCUUAUUUUGCAUUAUGUAAUAAUAAUGUUGGGUCUUGUAGUAUUCAUUUUGACCAAUAUACAUGUUAUGAUUAAGUAAAACAUGAUCUCUUUGAUUUUUUGCAUUAGGAACUCCUGUAAUAAUUGCUUUUUUAAUUUGUAAGUACAGUAUUAAAAAAUACGGUUUGUAUGUACUGAUUGAUUAAAUGAUUAAAAAUUGUUUUAUAGACAUACUUGAAGUAGAGGAAUAUUAAUCAAAAACAGAAAUAAUAAGAGUGAAUGGAAAGUGAUAACAAAGUAUGGAGAUUUUCAAUGGUAGAUUGUUAAAAUGUCCUAAUUUGAUUGUGAUGAACAGGAAUCUAAAAGUACUAUUUGACAAAUUUUUGUAAUAAAUAAAGUAACGUUCUACAUACA